AUGUGGAUGUGGGUGUGCUGUCUGUGGAUGCUAGAUGCUAGAAGGCCAGGAUGCCGGAUGAUGGAUGCUGCAGCAAAGACAGUUGGAAAUCGGAAGUUGGGGGCGAGAAGUGAUGUAAGAAAAUCUACCGAUCCCUCUCCCAGAACCAGAAAAGGCUGCAUGGUGGUUUGGCUUGGAGUCACCAUUGUCGAGGAUCCCGACAUCUUUCAAUCGGCCAGCACCUAUUCCCAGUCAACCUUGAGCUGGUGUUUUGUAUCAGUACUUCCCGCGCCAGUAUCGGCUUCGUGUUACUGUCAGCUACAAGUAGAAGUUUUAACCCAAUCAUUACCACAGCUCUAUGGGCUGUACCGUGACCCAACACCUACGGCUUGUGUAUCCAAAAGAAAUAGAUGGAGAAAAAUCAACCGUAACCGCAUACCUACAGUAUCCGUACUAGGCUCUAAUACGAGCUAA